AUGUUACCAAUAAAUAGUGAUAGUAUUACAACACAACCACCAUUAAGAUUAAUAGAUUCAAGUGUAUCUAGUUGUUCAUCUGAAAGUGAACAUUAUAAAUCAAUUAAUGUUUUAGUAGAAGAUACCUACAGAGUUUGGCAAACUAAAGAUAAAACUGAUAAAGCAUAUAUAGAGUUACAAUUCCCAUCACCCACACAAAUCAAGCAAAUUGAAAUUACCAAUGGAGGAUCAGCGUUUAUCGAAAUUUUAGUUGGAUUAGUUACUUGGGAGCCAACUGAAUUUCAAGUUUUGGUUCCAUUAACAAAUUUUAUGACAUUUAGCGAAAGUACAAAUAAAGUAAACAGAAAUAAAACCAAAGUAUUUGAUUGUAAACAAUUUUCACAACAGACAAUACCAAGAAAAUGGGAGAGAAUUAGAAUAGUGUGCACCCAACCAUGGUCAUUAGAUAAUUUAGGUAUAGGUUCAAUUAAAAUUUAUGGUCCAGUUAAAAAGCAAGCAUCAAGCAUAAAGCUCGUAGAGCCUGAAAAUAUUAGUAUGACAGAUACAUCUUUAAAUGAUUCAAGAGCAACAAAUACAAGCAUUGAAACAGAGCCAACAGCGUUCAAAACCGACUCUACCCAAGUUUUAAAUUUUAUACCAGCUGAACUUACAAAAGGAAACAGUAAUCUUGGGAAAAUAAGUAAAGGAGCAACUUUAGCUUUAAAUAAUCCUUUACCUGGUCAAGUUUUAAUAAUUAGUAAAAAAUCAACUGUAAAUAGUAGUAAUAAUAACAAUCUUAAUAAUAGUGGUACCGAUGUCUCAAUGGAGACUAAAAAGGUUGAAACUGUUGAAAUUGAAACUGAAGAAGAAAAUGAAGAGGAAAAAACUGAUAGAAUUAACCAAGACCAACUCAAAAAAAAGAAGUUAAAAUCAAACAUUAAAGAAAAUAUUACACAACAAAACAAUGUAAAUAAUGAAAAUGAUGGGGAAACUGAUCAAGAAGGCGAUAAUCUUCAAAUACUUUCAACUCCAAAACAACAAAAGAAACUUACUUCAUUUGGUAAUUUAUUGAAAGGUGUCGUUUUGGUAAUUGGUGGUAUAGUUAAUCCACAAAAAGGUGAGUUAAGAGAUAAAGCUAUUGAAAUGGGUGCAGAGUAUAAACCAGAUUGGUGCAGAGAAGCAACUCAUUUAGUUACACCAUUUGAUAAUACCCCCAAGUUUAAAGAAGCAAAGAAAGCAGGUGGCUCAAUUGUAAAUCCAGAUUGGAUCGAAGAUUGUUAUAAAUUAAAAUCUAGAUUACCAAUAGGAAAGUAUACUUUUAGAUCAAAUAAUAGUGAGGCCACACAAAGUACUCCUAAAAAAGAUAAAAUUGGAAAAAGUAUUAGUACAACAGAGAAAAAGAGAAAGAGAAAAGGUGAUCCAACAUCCGAUGAUAGCGAGGAUGAUAGUCAUAUACCAAACGAGUACGACUAUAAUGAUGGAUUCAUUGACAAUAGCUUCUCUUCAUCAGAAAAAUCCGACAGAGACCCCGAUGAUAUAGUAUUUGAUAAAGAAAACGUCAAUGAUUUGCUUCAAGAUGGCUUGGAUUAUCUUCAAAGAGCCUAUCACUAUAAACCAAAAGGCGAAAUUCACCACAACACUCAUCAUAAAAAACAAAAAUCAAGCCACAAAAAGAAUAACGAUCAUGACAAUGACGGCGAUGAUAAUCAAGGUAGUUAUAAAUCUAGUUCAUCUUAUAGACCAAAUAAAUAUUACAAUGAAGAAUAUGAUGUACAAAAAUCCUCUUCCUCCUCACCACCACCAAUUAAAUAUAAACCAAAGCCACCAAAAGCUGAAGAGUUUGAUGAGGAUUUAUUAUUUGAAAGAAGUAAUACAAUUCAGAUGACCGCUGAAGAGGUAAAAUCUGAACUUGAUAGAAUAAAAAGUAAUAAUAAUAUUAAGGGCACAGUUCAAGAAAAAGCAAAUGGUGCAAAGGAUAAUAUAAUAGCAAGUUUAGGUGAUACUGAUGAAGAUAAUGAUGAAAAACCAAUAGCAUAUAAUAAACCAAGCAAUAACCUUCCAAAAGCCAAUAAUAAUUUAGGUGAAUUAAAAGAUUUGAAAGGUAAAGAAUAUAUUUUAAAACCAUUACCAUCAUUUUUUGAUGGAUUCGAAUUUUAUCUUAGUUUAAAGGAUGAAGCAUCAAGAAAAAGUGUUACAAGAUUAAUUAUUGCUUAUAAGGGUAUUAUUUCAACCAAACCAACUACAAACACCAAAUUCAUUAUUACUGAUAGAGCCUGGGACAGAUCAUUCGAUAUAACCAAAAAGAAUUUCCCAAAUGUUUUAUUCUUGGCACCCUCAUUUGUUGUUCAAUCCGAUACCUAUCAAAAACUAUCAACAGUUGAUAAACACAUCAUUUCAAAAGUUUAA